CACUUUUUUGUAGUCAUAUGCAUGUCACAAGCUAAGCCGUUCUGUGCUGGUUCAGGGAAAAGUACAACUGUCAUUAAGUGAAGUCCUUCAUUCGUUUGAGCAAGCAAGAAGGGAAGCAUGUUAGACACAUGCAGAGAAGGAAAUUUUGAAGAAGUACGCCUCAGUGGAAAGCCAUUUCAAUGUAAUCGUCGCGGUUGCGUCGCUUCAACGAACUUUUCGUGCAAAACUAACAAGUUCGAACUCUGCAGAAACACGAACGAAAGUGCAAGGUGGAUGCACGUUCCAGAAAAUAUCGGUAAGGAAAUGAUUCCAAACACUGGCCGUCUCGUAGGAUCGGGAGGUUUUGGAACUGUGUACGAGGCGUUUUUGGAUGGUAAAAAACUGGCCGUUAAGAAAAUGCAUCGAAACAUGAAAAACCCGCACGCACUGUAUGAGAGUGUUCAAGCAGAGAAAUUGGCUCUCCCCUUGAAACAUCCUAACAUUGUACGGACUCUGGCUGUUUUUGAGCUAGAAAAUAUGCAAGAUGUGUGGAUUCUCAUGGAAUUUGCUGGUAACAGGACAUUACAGGCGAUUAUUGACGAUGAUCGAGAAGUUCUGGGUAGUUCUCGCCGAUGGAAUUAUGUGCGUGACAUUGCCUGCGCGCUAAAAUUCGUCCACGAGAAUAGUCUCGUACAUUUGGACUUAAAACCUGCAAAUGUUAUCGUCGAUCACCAAGAUCUCUGCAAACUGGGUGAUUUUGGAUGUUGUCAGAGUAUUGGAUUAACUGCUAAGGACGAAACAUUGCUUCCUCCGAGUCCCGCACCAAGCCCGAGAAGUUUACUGACUGGAACAUUCGCGUACCGGGCACCGGAGUUGUUAAAAGGCGAACUUCCCAGCGAAAAAGCAGACAUGUACUCACUUGGCAUUUGCCUAUGGCAGAUGCUUUUCCGGGAACAUCCCUAUGGACUAGAAAGCCACUUUGUCGUUAUUUUUGGAGUAGUUGCGCAUCACUUAAGACCGUCGCUUGUUAAUUUGCCGGCGUUGGCAUCAACCGAUUCAGACACGCCGGCUUAUAUUGAACUCAUGAAGUUGAUGUGGCAUGCGAGCCCACUCUCCAGACCUACUGCCGAGGACGUUUUAAAAAUUGUGGACGAAAUGAAAACCAUGUGACAAUCUGGUUCAACACAUGUCGAAUUGUACGCUAGUGCACGUAGGACCUUGUUAGUUUGCACGUAGGCAAGCAACGAAGGUUGUAGAAUUGUCACUUUGCAUUUGCCACGACAGAAUUAAUUUUUUACGAUUUUAUUUCUUCAAAAUUUCUCGGAAUUGUUUCAUUUCAACUAAAACGAAAUUUUCACUUUUUUCUACCGGAUGUUUUAAGAGAAUCUAAAGGUCAAAUUGUUGACCGGUUUCGUGUUGAAAUUCCGUGUAUGUAUGUUGUUGUAUUUUGUGGCUGCUGUCACGACGACGUAUUUGCAUAAAUCUCAUUUACGCUUCAAUACAAAAGAUCUACGCAGUUUCCAUUCGUAGACGAAAUUUGUGAUUUUGUAGUCAAUUCUCAAAGGAAUCUAGGUUUUCUAAAGAAAGCUUACACAGAUAAAAAGGAUAAUUUAUUACUGUAUGUUUUGGUACUUUUGAGGCAAAUUUCGACUUCCGUGACAUGUAGCUGGAAUUGGAAAAUGGAUCAUUAUUCGUAAAAGUGCUUUCUCAUCCUGUAGAGUGAACUUUUUAUAGAUUGCACGUAAAUUUAAGAUAAAUGUGUAUUAGUUUCCAAGGAGAUCCUAUUUGUGAGAUUUUGUAGUGAGCCGUAAAAUUCAUAACUAUUAUUUUCCCCUAGACAUCAUAAUCCUUCGUAAUUGUAAGGUUUUCCUGAAUCUGAAAGUAAUGUUUUUUUUAGGUUGCAUAAGGUAUUGUUGUCGUUUUUUUUAAUGGUUUUGAACUUUCAUAGUGCUUUUUCAAAAAUUUCUAUUCUUUGUAUUAAUCUUAACUUUAUUUACAAUUUUGGUACAUUUUGUGGGCCAGA